CGUGGACCAAAAAGGCCUAGUGCGAUUGACUGCUGACUGACAUGCGGGUCCGCCCAGACAGCCCGUCCCGUUUUGGUGAACGCGCGAGCUAAGCUUCCCAACGAAGUUGAGGAAAUCCCACGUAAAAAAACUGGCCCCAGCUUGUGCAUCACCACCACCAUCAUCAACGUCCGAUCCGGGUCCGGAUUUCACCUCCCAUCUCCUCCAUCUCAUCUCGCUCUGAUCUGCCUUCCGCCCGGCAUCAAUUGACUCCCACCCCCCGCCGCGACGCCCCCUCCCCUCCGCGAGACGACGUCGACUUUUCUGCCCCUCUGUUAGGCGCAUAGGGUCCCUACCUGGUUAUCCCUCAGCUCGCUGCUGCCCCAACCUUUUUUUUUCCCGCCUUUUUCUUCCACAGCCACACGUUCAAGAUGCUUGUUCCCGUCCUCAGAAGGCAAGCUGUUCAGCAUGUCCGCCUUGCCCGCAUCGCCCUCCCCAGCCUGACAAGAUGGUACGCUUCGUACCCCCCGCACACCGUUGUCAAGAUGCCCGCCUUAUCUCCUACCAUGACGGCGGGAAAUAUCGGCGCCUGGAACAAGAAGCCCGGUGACAGCAUCGCCCCCGGCGAGGUCCUCGUCGAGAUCGAGACCGACAAGGCCCAGAUGGACUUUGAGUUCCAGGAGGAGGGUGUUUUGGCCAAGGUCCUCAAGGACACGGGCGCGAAGGAUGUCGCUGUUGGCAAUCCAAUUGCCAUCUUGGUCGACGAGGGAACCGACAUCAGUGCCUUUGAGAGCUUCUCGCUCGAGGAUGCCGGUGGUGAUGCUUCGGCCCCGGCUCCCAAGAAGGAGCAGAAGUCCGAGUCCGAGUCUUCCGCCCCUACCCCGGCGCCCACUCCGGCCCCCGAGCCCGAAUCGACCGGACCCAGCGGCAGGCUCGAGCCUGCCCUCGAUCGCGAGCCCAACAUCUCUGCCGCCGCCAAGAGGCUUGCUAUUGAGAAUGGUAUCUCGAUCAAGGGCCUCAAGGGUACUGGCCCGGGUGGCAAGAUCACCGAGGAGGAUGUCAAGAAGGCCCAGUCCUCCCCUGCCGCCGCCGGUGCUGCGUCUGCUGCCUCUUACCAGGACACCCCUAUCAGCGGCAUGCGCAAGUCCAUCGCUUCGCGUCUCCAGUCCUCUAUUGUUGACAACCCCCACUACUUUGUCUCUUCCAGCCUCUCCGUCGGCAAGCUCCUCAAACUCCGCCAGGCUCUCAACAGCUCCGCCGAGGGCCGGUACAAGCUUUCCGUCAAUGACUUCUUGAUCAAGGCCAUUGCCGUUGCCUCCAAGAAGGUCCCCGCCGUCAACAGCUCGUGGCGUGAUGGCGUCAUUCGCCAGUUCAACAACGUCGACGUUUCCGUCGCCGUCGCCACCCCCACCGGCCUGAUCACCCCCAUCGUCACCAACGUCGAGUCUAAGGGUCUGGAGACCAUCUCGGCUUCCGUCAAGGAGCUUGCCAAGAAGGCUCGUGAUAACAAGCUCAAGCCCGAGGAGUACCAGGGCGGCACCAUCACCAUCUCCAACAUGGGCAUGAACGCCGCUGUCGAACGUUUCACCGCUAUCAUCAACCCCCCUCAGGCUGCCAUCCUUGCUGUCGGCAGCACCCAGAAAGUUGCCGUCCCAGUCGAGAAUGAGGAUGGCACCACGGGCGUCGAGUGGGAGGAGCGGAUCGUCGUCACUGGCAGCUUCGACCACAAGGUCGUUGACGGUGCCGUCGGUGCCGAGUGGAUGCGCGAGUUCAAGAAGGUCAUUGAGAACCCUCUUGAGCUUCUUCUUUAACUCGGGUGAAACGGUCGGUGGCGGUGAAAUGACAUUCGGAUGAAAAACAGAAUCGGACAGGCGCAGCUUAUAGAAGAAGGAUACGAAACAUUGGGCGGGUCGGGGAGGGAAAAGGGGCACUCUGGAGCUGGCAUCAGGAGCACGGUAGUGGGUGCAUAUUCGUCCACCGGUGGUCAAGGUCAACUGGUUAGAGUCUCCCGGAUACCUUCGGCCAACACGUGUAUAAUGAAUACCGAAGGGCGAUGCUUGCUUCGUCUCGGUGUCGGGAAUACAGGUCUUUUUUUAUCGUUUUAUGUACAUUGGUCUACCAUAAUUGCGUAGAGGUUGUUUAAUCGAGCAUGGAGUUUGGCCGCUGCUCGAAAUAUGUCAUGAAGCAAAGCCCAGGACAGCACCAACCUCACAACACACCAAAUACCAGAGGAGGAAGCAUAUAAAAACACAGGAACGUGAGCACUGUUUGGAGCAAUCUGCCAGCCCAUACUGUUUCUAGCCCGUUGGCAUGUUUCUUUACUGUUAUUAGAGUACCAAUGCAUACAUAUCUGAACAUUCUCCCCUCGUG